GUAAGUGGCUCUGACGGUAAAUUCAUGUGGAUGUUGAAAUCGCCCAUGAUAAUUAUAUUAUCCGCAUUGGUUAUUAGAUCAGCCAUAAAUUCUGAAAAUUCAUCCAGGAAGCCAGAGUAAGCCCCGGGUGGACGGUAAAUAACAGCAAGAUAAAAUGACGGUAAAGCGGUGGAUCGGACAGUGAGAACCUCAAAUGUUUUAAAUCAAUAAAAAAAUUGAUCGAACGAGGCCUAAAACUAAGUUCGGAAUUCGAGAUGAGGGCGACACCCCCACCCUUUUUUCGAGGACGCGCCACAUGCGAGCUCACAAAAUUUGGAGGCGAGGCCUCAUUAAGCGGCAUCAGUUCAUUAGGUUUUAACCAGGUCUCGCAGAGACCAAAAACGUUUAGAUUAUGUUCUGUGAUCAUUAACGAGAAUGGCUUUCGUAUGAAGCGAUCUAAUAUUCAUAAAACCAAGUUUAAGUGUAAUUGGUCGAUCCGGGUGCGUAUCUAUCGAAGGAUAUUUAUACGAGAUGCGAGUAAGAUUGUGUUCUCUAGGCCUGACAUCACCUCUCAAAUGUUUGUUAGUGCGGUGGGAUGAUACGACCGUGGGAAUCUGAUAGUAAAUAUUUGUUACACGUGUAGAAUUAUCUGAAACCGGCACCGUUUCAUCAGCAAAACCGGUCGGGGUGGAGUGAUUGGAUUUGUCUACUACCCCAGUAGAAAGUGCAUUUAUGUAUACUGUAGCACUAUUCAAACUAUCACGCUCUAGUCUACACAAGGAGCUAUGUGCAUGCUGGGAGUCUAGCCUAGCGCUAGUUAACUUUAUUUUAACAGACUCCAAACCCAUUUUGACAGGUGGUCUAAUCACCUGUGACCCGGCCUGCUCUAAAGUGACCUGUCAUGUGUGGCUCAAACAGUAAUCUAUAUUCCUAGAAAGAGUGAAGGCGCCUGCACGGUUAGGGUGAAGGCCGUCCUUCCUCAGCAGGUCGGGGCGGCCCCAGAAGGAAGGCCAGUUAUCUAUAAAAUACAGUCCCUGCUUCUUACAGAACCCAGCCAUCCAUUGAUUAAGGAAGACUAAUCUACUAAACCUCUCAUCAGUGCCUCUCCCAGGCAGGGGGCCAGAGACAAAUACUCGAUGCCGACUCAUCUUUCUGGCGAGAUCACAAGUCCUCGCUAUGUUUCUCUUUGUGAUCUCCGAUUGCCUCAUCCUAACAUCAUUGGAGCCGAUGUGUAUCACUAUGUCCGAGUAGCUAGUGUUGAUGGAACUACGCUGUUGACUAGACCUAUUGCGAGUCAGCUCCCUAAGAUUAGCUUCUAUGUCGGGUGCUCUGCCCCCAGGAAUACACAUUACCGUGGUUGGAUUUGUAAGCGUAAUAUUUCGGGUAAUGGAGUCACCUAUGACCAAAGUGCGAGGGCCAGUAGACCGAGAUGACUUUGGACGGCUAUGCGUCUUACCUGGCUCAUCGCGAUUAGCAAGCCGCUUGGGGCUAAUGCUAACUGGGCUAGCGGGCUGACUACAGCCCGCGUCUGUAUCCGCCACAUCUACAGUUAUCGCGCAAUUCUGCUCUAACUGGCGGACACGUCCCUCUAGCAGGGACAACCUCUCUAAGAGAAGGGUGCAGUUGGUGCACGAAGCCGCACAAACCUCUUGAUCCGCAGCCAUACUUUGCGUCCGAUGAUCGACGGCAGACAAACGGCCACGAAGCCUCCGCUCUCCCAGGCACUCCGGCUGUGAAAAACAAGUUCGACAGUGUAAUAAAAGAUUCAAACUUACUUUAGAGUCAGGGAGAUGAGUUCCACGCUGGAGAAAACAAAAUCGUCCAAGCCUGAGAUUAAACAGCCGCCAUGACGAUCGAGGAGAACUCCCGUGGUGAAUAGAACGGCCGGCAGUUUAUGAAAAGUGUUUCUAGGAGAGGGCUGCAAAUCUCUUUCAACACCGUGACAUCGGUACACCAACGUUCAUUAAUGUAGAAACAGAGACCAUCUCCCUUUGAUUUUCCGGAGAGCUCCGCGCUGCGAUCUGCACGAGUUAACCGAAACCCUGCUAGCCCCACGGCGUGGUGGGGGGUUCGUUCGCUGAGCCACAUUUCAACAAAGCACAGCGAGGCGGAUCUGCUGAAGUCCGUGUUCCUUGAAGUGAGGAGCAGCAGUUCGUCCAUCUUGUUCGCCAGGGAACGGACAUUCGCCAGAUGAAUUGACGUCUGAAGGAGCCGCCGGCCAUGUCGGGCUGUUGGGAAGCAAACGCCAAACUGCGUCUCGCUCACCGACUCUACGAAGACGCCGUUGCCGGACCGGAGUCAAUCGCCAACAUCGGAGACGUUUUUUAUAGCGGAACAGCUGAUGGCAGGAUUGUAAAGAUGAUUGGUCGAAGGAUUCACACGGUGGCCAGAUUGGGAAAACCUCCUUGUGAGUCCGCGCAGUACGAGGUGACCUGCGGGAGGCCCCUGGGUAUACGAGUGGGACCCAACGGGACUUUAUUUGUAGCAGACGCUUACCUGGGUGUCUUUGAGGUCAACCCCACAACAGGCGAGUCCACUCGGCUGGUGGCGGGUGGCCAGGAGGUGGGCGGCAGGAAGUUGCUGUUUAUCAACGACCUGGCGGUGACGCAGGAUGGCAAGAAGGUGUACUUCACCAGCUCCAGCAGCAGGUGGCAGCGCAGAAACUACCUUCACCUCAUCAUGGAGGCCAGCGCUGAUGGGCGUGUGCUGGAGUAUGACACGGAGAGCGGAGAACUGAGCGUGGUCAUGGACAACCUGCGAUUUCCCAACGGUAUCCAGUUGCUUCCCGACGAGGAGUCCGUCCUGGUGGCAGAGACCACCGUAGCCCGAAUACGUAGGGUCCACGUGGCAGGACUAAACAAGGGCGGCAUGGACACGUUUGUGGACAAUCUUCCCGGUUUCCCUGACAACAUCCGGCCCAGCUCGAGCGGUGGCUACUGGGUGGCUAUGUCCGCCGUGCGCCCCAAUCCUGGAUUCUCAAUGUUGGACUUCCUGUCCCAGAGACCCUGGAUAAAGAAGUUACUUUUCAAGCUCUUCAGCCAGGACGCCAUGAUGAAGUUCGUCCCUCGUUACAGCCUGGUGGCCGAGCUACACGACGGCGGCAUCUGCUCACGAAGCUUCCACGACCCCAACGGACUGGUUGUGGCGUACGUGAGCGAAGCGCACGAACAUGACGGGAGCCUUUACUUGGGCUCCUUCCGAUCACCUUACCUCGCAAAACUGGACCUGAGCCUCGUGUAAUGGUCGUGUCCAUCGAGCCCAUCCGUCCUUUGUUGCCUGGGAUCACAUCAUCAAUCUUUCUAUUUAUACUUAUCCACUCGUCUUCCUUCCAUCCCUUUUAAUUUCCUCACUUGUCCACUCACCUUCCUUCCAUCCCUUUUAAUUUCCUCAUUCCAUGCUCCCUUUAGUCUUGAUAUUGCAUGCGAAUCUAAAAACGCUGUUCGGCUUAAGUGAAGAAAAGUGUGUAAAAUUAGAGUAAAUAAUUAUCUGGCCUACCCACAGCAGAGGAUGUGACGGGGCUGGGUUUCAAUUCACCGUCAAAAUCAAACCUUGUGAACCUCCGUCCAAAGCAAAUUGUUGCGUUUUUCACCAUGGAGCAGAAAAAGUGAGAAAAUGUCAACGGUGGGAGAUCUAAUUAGUUUGGAUUGAAUAAAACAAAAUAAAUUUC